CGGCGGCGGCGGUGGCGGCCGGUGCUGAGGGCGGCGGCGGCAGCGGCGGCGCGGGGUGGUAGUGGGUGGUCCCGCAGCCGAGCAGAGUCUGCCGUGACCAUGGCUGGAGGCAAAGCUGGGAAGGACAGCGGGAAGGCCAAGGCUAAGGCAGUGUCUCGCUCACAGAGAGCUGGUCUACAGUUUCCUGUGGGCCGCAUCCACAGACACUUGAAGACUCGAACCACAAGCCAUGGACGGGUGGGUGCCACUGCUGCCGUGUACAGUGCUGCAAUUCUGGAGUACCUCACUGCUGAGGUCCUGGAACUGGCAGGAAAUGCUUCCAAGGAUCUCAAAGUAAAGCGUAUCACUCCCCGUCACUUGCAGCUUGCAAUCCGUGGUGACGAAGAGCUGGAUUCUCUUAUCAAGGCUACCAUAGCUGGGGGUGGUGUGAUCCCUCACAUCCACAAAUCUCUAAUUGGAAAGAAGGGACAGCAGAAAACUGCUUAGAGGGUUGUUUAACCCUUUUCCUUCCCAUCACUGUACUGUAACUGGGACAGACGAAAACAAUGGAAAUGUAUGGAAUUUUUUUAAAUAGUUAAAUAGAAAAGCAUAGAAAAUUACUGAAGGCAUGACAGAAAAAACAUUUGUACAUUUUUAGACUCAAAGUUUGAUAAAAGAACCUUUUCACAUCGUGAUAGUUGUGUAGAUUGGCCAGCUUUCUUCCAUGUGUUUUAUACCAAAAUGGAAUUGAUAAACCAUUUUCUACAAAACUAA